AGCACUAGUGCACCACACCGGUAAACGGUCGUACGUACGCAAUAACACAAGUGACUGAGUCAGUAGUGUUUCCUUUGACCAUUUCAUUUUGGCGCCAAUUCCAUAGUUCCCCUGCAAACUGGGGACUCUCUUUCUCGUUUCUCACACUUUACCCAAGAAAAACCCUAAUUUUAUAUCCGAUGUUGUUGAAUUCUACUAAUUAAUUCCCUUUAGGGUUAAUAUUUCGAGUUCAAAGACUUCAAAUUACCGUCUUCAAUGGCUGAAAGGCGUGCUAAACGCCCUAAAACCAGCAGAGGGGAAGAUGAUUAUUUGCCUGGAAAUAUAAUUGAGAUCGAGCUGCAUAAUUUUAUGACCUUUAAUCAUAUAAAAUGCAAGCCUGGCUCGCGUUUAAACCUUGUAAUUGGUCCGAAUGGGUCCGGAAAGAGUUCGAUUGUAUGCGCUAUUGCACUUGGUCUUGGUGGUGAUCCUCAGAUACUUGGGAGAGCGGGAAGUAUUGGAGCAUAUGUAAAGCGGGGAGAGGAGUCGGGGUACACCAAGAUCACCUUGAGAGGUGACUCUGGGGAGGAGCAGAUUUGCAUUACUCGUAAAAUUGACACAAGCAACAAGUCAGAGUGGCAGUUGAAUGGCAAGAUGGUUGCAAAGAAAGAUGUUAUUGAAGUAGUUCAAAAAUUCAAUAUCCAAGUUAACAAUUUGACUCAGUUUCUACCGCAAGACAAAGUGUGUGAGUUCGCCAAGUUAAGUCCUGUCGACCUGUUACGUGCAACAGAAAACGCUAUUGGUGAUCCUCAACUUCCAAUGCAACAUGACACUCUUAUAGAAAAAAGCAGCCAGCUCGGCAGACUCCAAAGAGCUGUUGAUGGGAAUAAAGUGACAUUAAACCAGCUGAAGGAUCAACAUGCUGAACAAGAACGAGAUGUUGAACGAGUUCGUCAAAGAGAAGACCUUCUUGCUCAGGUUGAUCUAAUGAAGAAAAAAUUGCCUUGGUUGAAGUAUGAUAUGAACAAGGCUGAAUAUUUGGAAGCCAAGAAGUUGCACGAUGAUGCAAAGAGGAAAUUUGAUGAAGUUGCAAAAAUCUUGAAUGAUCUCAAACAACCUAUUAUAAAGCAGAAGGAAGAAAAAGCACUGCAGGAAUCAAAGUGCAAAAAAGUGCAGAAUACUCUGAAUAUGAAUGGCCAAAGGUGCAAGCAACUUCAGGACAAUGAAAAUCGAUGGGUAGUCAAUGUAGCUGGAAAGUACAAGGACAUGGAAGAAAUGAAGAGACAAGAAGAAUCUCGUCGACAAAGAAUUUUGAAAGCUCAGGAGGAUCUUGCAGCUGCUGAAUUGGAACUGGCAAACUUGCCGCCUUAUGAACCUCCAAGGGAUGAAUUUGAAAGGUUGGAGGCCAAAAUUGUAGAAUUUGAGGACAAUGCGAGAGAGAUUAGACAGCAAAAGUCGGAUAACGGUAAAAUUUUGUCUGAAAACAGAAUGAAACUGACACAGUUAUCCCACAGAUUAAAAGACAUGGAAAAUAGAAAUUACAAGCUCCUGCAUGAGCUGCAAAAAACUGGGGCGGACAAGAUAAAUGAAGCUUAUCAUUGGUUGCAAGAACACCGUGAUCAACUGAAGAGAGAGGUUUUCGGACCUGUUCUGCUUGAGGUUACUGUCAAGGACCAAUCUCAUGCUGACUACUUGGGGGGCCAAGUUCCAUUUUACAUAUGGAGGUCCUUCAUCACUCAAGAUCCUGGCGAUCGGGACUUUUUGGUGAAAAACAUGAAAUCAUUUGACGUCCCGAUUCUCAAUUAUGUGCAAAAUGAAGAACGGAGUAGAGAUUCACCUCGAAUAUCUGAAGAGAUGCGCAAGCUUGGAAUACAUGCUAGGCUUGAUCAAGUAUUUGAUGCUCCAGCUGCUGUCAAGGAGGUUCUGAUUAGUCAGUCCGGUCUGGACCAUUCUUACAUUGGUACUGAGGAAACUGAUCGGAGGGCAGAUGAGGUUGAAAAUUUGGGAAUACUUGAUUUUUGGACUCCAGCUAACCACUAUAAUUGGUCUAGAUCUAGAUAUGGUCAUCAUGUGUCCGCUAGUGUGGUGCCAGUUUCUAGGUUUAAACUUCUUUCAUGUGGUUCAGAUAAUUCAGAGAUUGAGAGUCUCAGGUCCAGGAAAAUUGAGCUUGAACAGACAAUUGAUGAACUUGACAGAAUUCUGAAAACUCUGCAGUUUGAGCUAACCCAGAUUGAAAAUGAAGCUGCUAAAUAUCGCAAACAGCGUGAGGAAGUAUUCACCAAGUCGCAGAAUGAGAGGAAUAAGCGGAAGGAAAUGGCAAACCGCUUGAACCAGAAGAGAUCAAGAUUGAAAUCCAUUGAAGAGGAGGGGGAUGUUGAUGGUCAGAUUGCGAGCCUUGCUGAUCAAGCUGUAAAUUUGAAUGUCCAGCGGCUUAAUAAUGCAAUCGAGAUUAAGAAUUUACUUGUGGAGGCUCUUUCACAUAAAUGGAGUUUUGCUGAAAAACGCCUGUCUGCUAUAGAAAUCGAUGCAAAGAUACGAGAGUCUGAAAUGGAAAUGAAGCAGCAAGAGACUUGUGCUAUGCAAGCAACUGUGGAAGUGCAGCAAUGUAGCAAAGAAGUGGAACGUCGAAAGGAGCGGCUUGCAAAUGCCAAGAAAUAUGCAGAAUCCAUUGUAAAGUUCACUCCUGAAAUUAAGGAGGCCUUUCUUAAGAUGCCUUCUACAAUUGAGGAACUUGAGGCUGCUAUUCAAGAUACUUUGGAACAAGCUGGUUCCAUUCUCCUUCUCAAUCAGAAUGUUUUGGCAGAAUAUGAAUUGCGACAGAGAAAGAUUGAAACCCUGGCUAAAACGCUUGAAGAAGAGGAACAUGGAUUAGGAACUCUUUUGGCUGAAAUAGAUGCCUUGAAGGCUAGUUGGCUUCCAACAUUGCGGAAUCUUGUUUUACAGAUCAAUGGAACAUUUGGUCAUAAUUUCCAGGAGAUGGCUGUUGCUGGAGAAGUAUCAUUAGAUGAGCAUGAUAUGGACUUUUGUGCAUAUGGAAUUGUUAUAAAAGUCAAGUUCAGGCAAGCUGGACAACUUCAAGUUCUUAGUGCGCAUCAUCAAUCUGGAGGGGAGCGUUCAGUUUCAACGAUACUGUACCUUGUUUCUCUACAAGAUCUUACAAAUUGCCCCUUUAGGGUGGUUGAUGAAAUUAAUCAAGGAAUGGACCCAAUCAACGAAAGAAAGAUGUUUCAGCAGUUGGUGAGAGCUGCUAGUCAACUUAAUACACCACAGUGUUUUUUGCUGACACCCAAAUUGCUGCCUGACCUAGAGUAUAGUGAAGCAUGUAGCAUCUUGAAUAUCAUGAAUGGUCCAUGGAUUGAGGAGCCUGCCAAAGUGUGGAGCAAUGGAGAAUGUUGGGGUACUGUCGUUGGACAACUGGGCCAAGCUCAAUGCUGAAGAUCUUUGUUUCCAUUGUAGUAGUGAUUAAAUUGUACAAAUUAGAAUACCAACUCCUGUAAUUAGGUUUGAUUUUCCUUUUGGGGAUAGUUUAUCGUUGCUUGCGCCUUGUAAUUAGUCUCACUCAAUGUGUUCCAGACAUGAGAGAGCUUGGACGAGUGCUCAUUUUGGAGUUUUAGCAGUACAUCUUAUCUUAGUUCUCUAGCUGCCGUUGAAUUGAGGAUCCGAAAGUUAAAAACACUGGCGGCCAAACUUCUGUAAUGAAGUUUCUUGUGUAAGCUUUCAUUAUGAAGAGAGUUCUAAUUGAACCAAAA